AAAUUCAACCCAGAAAACGUGGCUUACGAAUUAAACCCACUUCAUCCCCCACCACGCCUCUUGGUUCAGUUCAGAGGUUUUUUUGUUUCAGUUUUUCAGACCCAAAACAAAUAAAGUUCAGUUUUUUUUUUCAGGCAUUUCUCAUAAUUUCUUUCGUUCUUUCUUCAAUGUUGCCUAAAACAGUUGUAAUUUUUUCUUGAAAAUGAAAAGAAACAGAUGGCUUGGAACCUAGAAUUGUGAGACGUGUGAUCUCAUUAGUAGUGGUGGUGGUGGCUCUUGCUUAUCUUUGCUUUUCCAUGUGCUUAGCUGGUUGUUUAUUCUUCUUCACUUGGCCACCUUUUUUCCUUUACUUUCUUUUUGGUGGUUCCCCAUUUGACCUUUCAGUCUUCUUUGUGCUUAAAGUGUGCGGUUGGGACAACAAGCUCAAAGUUUGAGGAGUAAGAACAGUGUUAAAUGCAUUGCAAAUAAGCUGCUUGCUUCUUCUUGGAUCCAAUUCCUAAGGUUUCUUGCAAGAUAAGAAUUGGACAGUUAUAUAAGGCCGUCUACCACCAAGACUAUAUAAAUCAGUUUGAAGCAAAAUAUAGGGAAAAACUUAGCUGCCAUUAAUGUGUGGUAUUUAAUUGGGGUCAGCAGAUGGAUGAUAAGUUAGUAGAUGCUCAGAAAGAUCACCAGGGACAAGACGAUUCGUUGCAUAGAUUGAGCAAGGAGCGGGAAUUGUCAAGAAAUGGUACUUUAAAAUCCUCUGGGUCAAAAUUGAAAAGGUUAGUCACAUGGUCAAAUCCACAGCAUGCCCUAAUUUCAAAUGUUAAUUGUUCACAAAUUAGUAAAUGUUGCACAAAAAGUUCAUUGUUUCCAAGUGCUCUGGGCUUGGACAGAAGGAUUCCAAAACAUAUACUGAGCUUAGAUGAAAAAUUUCGUCGUCGUUGCAUGGAAUUGAUUCAUAUUAGUGCAUCCAAAGCUACCCGAUGCAGUGCAGUUGUGAAUUUGAGCUCGACAAAGAUUGGUGCUUUGCCUGAGAGCUUGAAUGUGGCUAAAGUUAGAAGUGGAGAUACAUGUAAUUCUACUAGGUUUGUUUUUGAAUGUCCAUUGGCAGCUGGAGGGGGGAGUGUAGUGAUAGGCCCUGCAGGACAGUGGAUUGUAGGUACAGUUAUGGGGAGCAAGAGCAUGGUGAAUAUAUUAAAGGGCCCUUUGUUCCACCAAUUCGGUCCCCUCGGUAGCAAUACAGACUUGACAAGAAUUAAUACAAAUGAUGUGAAAGGCUCAAUAUGCUAUGAUUUAACAGAAUCUCCUGGUGGAUUAAGUUUCUCUUCUUCACCGGUGCUAGAAAAGGAAACACCAAAUAAGGGAAGCCAUAAAAAUGGAUCUGAUACUGGCCACAAAAGGUUUGUUUCUCUGUGUAGUACAAACUCUGCGUGUUCUGAUCAAUCUUCUGCUUCUGCUCUCGCCACUGUUUCUCAAGGAAUGCUUCAAUGCACGUGGAAGGGAGGGAAUCCUCAUUUUGUUUUCUCCACAGAUCAAAAAAGGGAGGUCUAUGUAGCCAACUUGUGGAAGGUCGAGUCUGAAGAAGAUAAGACUCUGGACUAUGUAUACUUGUUCCAUUCAGGAAAGGGUGGGCAAAAGGACCAUGAAAUUCGAGAUGGUGAGUCACAGCUUGUCGGUAAGAUGAAAGUGAAUAAUUUGGUCUCGCUCUGCUCAAACAAUUCAAAGAUCAUGGAGACUGAGUUUGUUUUGUUUGGUGGUGGUAUUGAGAUGCAUACUUCUAGCCAUAAUCUCAGGAAGAGUAAGGGGUUAUCAAAGAAGGUGGCAGAAGUAUUCAGGUCAAGUCAGUCAUCCAAACAAAAAACCUCCUCCAAAUUGAGUGGACCAAUUUCGAAACUUGAAAGUUCUUCUCGGGAGUCGUGCCUAGAUACAGGCAACAAUCAAGAUGCUCUAGGUCUGCCCAAUUUAUUAGAAGAUCAUCUCCCUCCAAAUUUUGAAUUGGCUGCCAUUGUUGUCAAAGACCAUCUCCCUGAUGAUCGUAAGGAGGAGGCUGGAGGUUGGGGUUUGAAAUUUCUGAAGAAAGUUGGAGUCAAGAAAACCGCUACUGUGGAAGCCUCAGUACCUAUCGAAUGUUGUCGAAAUAAUGGUGAUUGCUCUACCAGUAUGGAUGUUCUAAUCCCAGCAGGUCUUCAUGGUGGGCCAAUAACCAGAAAUGGUGGUGUUUCAAGUCUUACUGAAAGAUGGAGAUCUGGUGGACAUUGUGACUGUGGAGGUUGGGAUCUGGGGUGCCCACUCACAGUACUUCAAACCAAACCAAGCAAAGAAGACAUUUUCCCUCAAUCGGACACUCAGGGGGAGUGCAAGUCAUUUGAUUUAAAUCGAAAGCUUGUUAACAUGCUUGCUCUGGUCGCCGCUAGUUCGUUCUUGACCAUGUUCAUGCGUGGAAUACAUCAUUCUAGUCCUCACAAAGUAAGUUUCCUGGAUCUUAUCUUUUGUUUUCAUGUUUUAAUUACAGGGAUUACAUUUGACAUAUUAGAUUGUCUUAUAUUUUGUUCGCCCACUAGGUGUUCAUCAUAUACUCAAACAUAGUUGUCUAGCUUAGCUAUAAAAAGUGAUAGAGAAGAGAUUGAGACUAAAUAAUCGUAGUAGUCCUCUUCAUAAUCAGAAGAUAAAGUUAGAAACUUACCUAUAGCCUCUAAACCAUGUCAUAUCAAACCAUGGACCUGACCACUUAUAAAUGAUGGUGGCAAUUUAAUUAGAUGCGUCAAACAUGCCUGAAGCAUGUUCGUUUAACUUCAAAUUUCCUAGCCAAGAUAGAGAAAAAUAAGAAAAAAAGGAUGAGAAAAGCAAACUAACCAUAGUGGACAGUACAAUAAAUCCACAUAGCCAUGCUAUAAAGGGAAAAAGAACAAGAAAAAUAUUUAACUUUGUAAAAGUAUUAUCAAAUCAUCAUGUAUGCAGGAACUUUUUUUUUUUUUUUUUUAGGUCAAGCAUGUGUGCAGGACCUUGUACUGGAAGUAUAUGGGGUAAAUUUCAGGUAACCAUUCUCCAGCAGGCUUUGCACUCCUACCCUGCGUGU